UGAAAGUUAAUAAAACAAGCGGUUGUAAGAAUUAUUGGAAAUUAAAAAUAAUUAAGCGAGAAUUUAUUAAUAAAUUAUGUUAAAAUGUAACAAUAUUAGGGACAAAUGAAUAUAUAGAAAUAGAUAUAUAAUUAUGAUUUGAUAAAGAGUAGCAGGGAAUUAAAAGAAUAAAACAUAGAAAUGGUAAAUUUUAAAUUGUAGGUAUUAUGUUGGAGGCUAUCUCAUUUAAAGAUUUUUUAAAUGAGAUAUUUAGGAUAGGCAAAAUCUUUAAGAAUCCUUGAGUGGCCAAACCGGAUGAACAUGCCACUGCUACACAUAUCCAAUUUAACUAAGCUUAUCCAAAACUUAGGACACAGACAUCUGCACGGAAGCAAAAAUAUGGUCUUGACACAAAAUUGGUAAUCAUAUACCAUCAUCUUCUGCUCAUAUCUAAUGAGUAGAUCAAGAUGCAAACUCGGGGUUUGA